CAUCAAUGUAUAUGGAAAGAGUGUGGUUAAAGAAAGUUAGAGAAGGGUAUAAUCGUAGUUUAACUAAAAAAAAUUGCCUAUAAUUGUAGAGCUGGUAAGACCGGCCAAAACAGAAAAUCUCCAAAGCGUGAGUUAACAGUGGUUUGGAAAGAGUGAGUGAGUGAGUGAUUAAGCAGUGGUUAACACAUCACAUAUAUCCAUGGCUGAGAAAAGCAAGAUUCUAUUCAUCGGAGGAACAGGUUACAUCGGAAAACAUAUAGUAGAAGCAAGUGCAAAAGCUGGACAUCCUACUUUUGCAUUGGUCAGAGAAUCCACUCUCGCUGAUCCUGCCAAAGCUGAUCUCCUCAAUAAAUUCAAAACUUUAGGAGUCAAUUUAGUCCCCGGGGAUCUGUAUGAUCAUGAGAGUUUGGUGAAAGUGGUUAAGCAGGUAGAUGUGGUGAUAUCAACGGUAGGUCACGUUCAGCUUCCGGAUCAGGUCAAGAUUAUCGCUGCUAUUAAGGAGGCUGGUAACAUUAAGAGAUUUUUCCCUUCGGAAUUUGGAAACGAUGUUGAUCGUGUCCAUGCUGUAGACCCAGCAAAAUCUGCAUUUGAAAUCAAAGUCAAUAUUCGACGUGCUAUUGAAGCUGAAGGUAUACCCUAUACAUAUGUCUCUAGCAACUACUUUGCUGGCUACUUUCUCCCUACGUUAGCUCAGCCAGGACAAUUCGCUCCACCUCCACCAAAAGACAAAGUCUUCAUAUAUGGCGACGGAAACCCCAAAGCGGUGUUCAACAUCGAAGAUGACAUUGGAACAUUCACCAUUAGAGCUGUGGAUGAUCCAAGAACAUUGAACAAAAUUCUUUACAUAAAACCCCCCAAGAACAUUUACUCAUUCAAUGAACUUGUUGCCUUGUGGGAGAAGAAAAUCGGGAAGACAGUCGAAAAGACUUACAUUCCAGAGGAUAAACUUCUCAAGGAUAUUGCAGAGGCUCCUCUUCCAAUCAAUGUGGUAUUAUCAAUCAACCAUUCUGUGUUUGUGAAGGGUGAUCACACAAACUUUGAAAUUGAACCUUCUUUUGGAGUUGAGGCUUUUGAGUUGUACCCAGAUGUGAAGUACACCACUGUUGAAGAAUACCUUGACCAGUUUGUUUGAGACUUCAAAAAAAAACUAUGUAUCUGAAUAAUAAUGAGUUGUUUGUUGCUUUGGAGUUUGACGGGGAAUUGUUAUGCCUCUUCUACUUGUUUGCUUUUUAUUUGCUAUGUAAACUGGUUAAUGUUUCAAAUUAUAUUAAAAAAUGCUGUUUAUUUUGUCAAA